AAUCCAUGGAUAAACUUCCAUUCUUCAAGUGCUGCACUUCAAUGGCAGGUUGGCUUCCCGGCCACCAGAAGCAUGUCCAUAACCGAAACGAAGUCGAAACACAAGCACCAACCGAGGUCGAGCUCGGUAUUGGCAUAUCCGGUGAGACCGAUAAACCGGCACCGUCUUUUCGUCUAUCAUUCACUGACCUUACUUACAGUGUGAAGAAGAGAAGGAAAGAAACUGAUAAAUUUUUACUUUGCUGUCGAUCACCGGAGCCGGAGAUGAAGAAGAUGGUGCUUGACUCGAUCUCCGGCGAGGCCAAAGACGGUGAAAUUCUAGCUGUGUUUGGAGCUAGUGGCUCUGGCAAGUCCACCCUCAUUGAUGCCUUAGCUCACCGGAUUUCUCGAGAAAGCCUUAAGGGUUGUAUCACUCUCAAUGGCGAGCCACUCGCCGGAGCUCAAUUGAGAAGUAUCUCAGCCUAUGUUAUGCAAGAUGACCUUCUGUUUCCAAUGCUCACCGUUGAAGAGACUUUGAUGUUCUCAGCUGAAUUCCGGCUACCUCGAUCAUUAUCGAAGACGAAGAAGAAAGCUAGAGUUCAAAAUCUUAUUGAUCAGCUCGGUCUCCGGGACGCUGCCGGAACAAUAAUUGGAGAUGAAGGUCAUCGUGGAAUCUCCGGUGGUGAGCGUCGCCGUGUUUCGAUAGGCAUAGACAUUGUGCAUGAUCCAAUUCUUUUGUUUCUCGACGAGCCGACUUCCGGCCUUGAUUCGACGUCGGCGUUCAUGGUAGUCAAGGUUUUGAAGAACAUUGCUGAGACCGGAAGUAUUAUUAUCAUGUCUGUGCAUCAACCGAGUUCGAGAAUUGUCGAACUUCUUGAUCAUCUGAUCAUACUCUCACAAGGCAGGACAGCUUACACUGGAACCCCCAGUGACAUGCCUAGUUUCUUCUCCGACUUCGGUCGUCCAGUGCCGGAGAAUGAGAAUCCUACUGAGUUCGCUCUCGAUCUAAUUCGUGAGCUCGAAUCGUCGAAUAGCACCGAACCACUCAUCGAAUUCAAUAGAACAUGGAAUAACAACAAGCACAACCACUGUGAUCCAUCGGAGUUAUCAAUGGAAGUACUACCAUUACAAGCCGCCAUCGCCGGCAGCAUCUCUAAAGGAAAACUAGUAACAAGAGAGAGCGAAUUCGCCAAUCCGGUCCACAUCGAGACGGCAGUAUUAACAAAGAGAUCACUCACAAACAUGCGAAGAAUGCCGGAAUUGUUCCUGAUGCGACUUGGUACAGUGUUCAUCACUGGCUUCAUCCUCGCCACGAUCUUCUGGAAGCUCGAUAACUCCCCGAAGGGAGCUCGAGAGCGGCUCGGCUUCUUCGCCUUUGCAAUGUCGACAAUGUUCUACACAACAGCUGAUGCUCUCCCUGUCUUCCUCCAUGAACGCUACAUUUUCAUGAGGGAGACAUCCUACAACGCUUACCGGCGAUCAUCCUACGUCCUCUCAAACAUCAUUGCAAGUUUUCCGGCACUUGUAGUCCUAUCGGUAACCUUUGCGGUGACAACUUUCUUCGCGGUAGGACUCGCCGGAGGAUCAAAUGGCUUCUUCUUCUACUUCUUGAUGAUACUAGCUUCAUUUUGGACCGGAAGUUCUUUCGUAUCUUUUAUCUCCGGUGUGGUAUCACAUGUGAUAGUUGGUUAUGUCGUCGUCGUCGCCAUUCUCGCAUACUUCCUACUAUUUUGUGGCUUUUUCAUUAACCGAAACCGAAUACCGAGUUAUUGGAUAUGGUUUCAUUACUUAUCAUUGGUGAAAUAUCCUUAUGAAGCAGUGAUGAAGAGUGAGUUUGAUGAUUCAGUUAAGUGUUUUGUUAAAGGGAUUCAGAUAUUUGAUGGUUCUCCUCUUGGAGGGUUGUCUGAUGGGAUGAAGGUGAAGGUUUUGAAAGCUAUAAGCAAUGCAUUGGGAGUGAAUAUAACUAGAGAUACUUGUGUUACUAAUGGGAGGGAUAUAUUGCAGCAACAAGCCAUUAAUGAUUUGAGUAAGUGGAAUUGUUUUUGGGUUACUGUUGCUUGGGGCUUCUUUUUCAGGAUCUUGUUUUACUUUGCUCUUUUGAUUGGGAGUAAGAAUAAGAGAAGGUAAGAGUCCUUUUUGUGUUUUGAGUGGAUGAAGAAUAACUCCAUUUUGUUGAAAUGGGGAGAGAUUAUAUAUAGUUAUUAUGUGUUGUUAUGUUGUUUUGGGUUAAGUAUUUUUCAAGUGAUUGUUGUUGUAUAAUGAAGAACAAA